UUUAUCAUUACACUUAUUUUGAUGAUUUCUAAUUAAAAACUUUAAUUUAAGAAUUUUUGGCGUUCCCGUAGUUACUUUUAUAGACAGAAUCAUAAUAGUCGAGCAGCUCAUAGAUAAGAAGGUGGAGCAGCUGAUUUGAGGUUAUGUUACGGCAACAAUAAUGUCUUAUUAAUUCCGUUCUUUAAUUUAUAAAAAUAUAUAUAAUAGUAACAUACAACAUGAAUUUUCUCUCCUUACGUACCGUGCAGACUACUGUUUUUCAAACUCUACAAAACAAUGUAAUCAGAUCAGCCCCUGAAUCUUUAAAUAUAAUACAAGCCAGGUGCUAUGCAGCCAGGAAAGGUACCAGGGAUCGUAAGAAGAAGGCUAAAGUAAAAGUGGAAAUCCAAAAAGUUGGAUUUAUACCACACAAUCAAAGAAACAGAGAGCAGUUCUUAGCUAGUAGGCCCAAACUAAAAUUUGAUGAUUCACAAAUGAGAGAUCCAGUAGAUGAUGUGUUUGUUUGUAAAUACUACAAAUGGGUUGUGUAUCAGUUCCAAGAGGCUGUUAAAGCUCAUAAAGAAACUCAUCACCCUGAAAUGUAUAACAGACCUGACACAGAUUUGCAUGUCACUGUAGAAUUAAAUAUGGAGGGUGAAAAGAAGACUCGAUUGCUAGAUAAUUUUACAAGAACUGUUGCAAUUCCCCACCGGUUCGACCAAGGACAGAUCCCAUCUGUAGCUGCUUUCGCCAAAACCCCGGAAAUACAAAAACUUGCCGUUGAUGCUGGUGCCCAGCUGGUCGGCGGUGUUGACAUGAUCAAGAAAAUUCAAAUGGGGGAACUCAAUCUUAAUGACUUCAAAUAUAUAGUUGCCCAUCCUGAAAUUCUUCCAGAAAUGGUGGUUCUGAGAGGUUUGCUAAAGAAGAGGUUUCCUAGUCCAAAAAGCGGUAGUUUGGAUGUUAAUCUCGGAAGUGCAGUGGAAAAGUUUCUAUAUGGUAUUCAUUACACAGCUGCUAAGGAUGAAUACGAGAAGGAUUAUGGUUCAGUUCAGACAGUUAUUGGAUCAUUAAACAUGGAUCCUAAACAACUGGAAGAAAAUUUUGCAGCACUAAUAAGAGAUGUUUACACGAUGAAACCAAAAAGGAGCGGUUCUUUUAUAACCAGGUGUCUUUUAUGGACGCCGUACUCUUCAGAGAAGCUUAAAGUCAAUCACGAGGUAUUUAUAGAAAGCGAUGCGUCGUCGAAGCAGUCUACAGUAGAUGAAGAUGAAGAAGUAGAAGAACGAGUGACGCUGUAAAGACUAUAUUUGUUAUAUUAUAGUCGGUACAAUGUUGUGAUCGUUGUAAUAUAUGUUUUAAAACAUAUGAUCCAUUUGUUAUGUUAACUAAUCAAUUUUUAAAAAUAUAUCAGUGAAUUUUAUUAUUUAAAAUAAACUGUUAAACAUUAA